CACUAAUCUCUCUCAUCCUCUGCUUUUUCCCUCAAUAAUCUCUCUCCCAUUCCCAUUCUCUCCCUAAAUUCAAUUCAAACCCUCACCAGAUCUCUCUGAUUAUCUAUCGCUCAUCGGAAAAAUGGCGUUGUCGGCGCGUGACCAGAAUGUCUACAUGGCCAAGCUCGCAGAACAGGCGGAACGGUACGACGAAAUGGUUGAAUUCAUGGAGAAAGUCACCGAUGAACUCACCGUCGAAGAACGGAAUCUCCUUUCCGUUGCCUAUAAGAAUGUGAUCGGCGCUCGGCGUGCUUCCUGGCGUAUCAUCUCGUCGAUCGAGCAGAAAGAGGAGUCGCGUGGUAAUGAGGAUCACGUGACUGUGAUCAAGGACUACAGAUCGAAGAUCGAGGCGGAGCUCUCGAAAAUAUGCGACGGUAUUUUGAAGCUGCUUGACUCGAGACUCAUUCCUUCAGCAUCUUCAGGUGAUUCAAAGGUGUUUUAUCUUAAAAUGAAGGGAGAUUAUCAUCGUUACCUUGCUGAGUUUAAAACCGGCGGUGAACGUAAAGAGGCCGCCGAGAGCACUCUCACUGCCUACAAGUCCGCUCAGGAUAUUGCGAACACCGAACUUGCCCCAACACACCCGAUUCGCCUUGGACUGGCUCUCAAUUUCUCUGUGUUUUAUUAUGAGAUUUUGAACUCUCCAGAUCGAGCUUGUAACCUUGCGAAACAGGCCUUUGAUGAAGCAAUCGCUGAGUUGGACACAUUGGGUGAAGAAUCCUACAAAGAUAGCACUUUGAUCAUGCAACUCCUCCGUGAUAACCUCACUCUUUGGACCUCUGAUAUGCAGGAGGAUGGAGCUGAUGAGAUUAAGGAAGCAGCUCCAAAGCAAAGUGAAGAACAACAACAGCAAUCCGAGGAAGAGGAAGAUAAUGAUUACUUUGUUGAUGAUGCUCGUGAUCUUCAAAAGGAUUGUGAGGAUGGAAAGGGUGAUGAGGAGGUGGCGAAUUCUUUUAAUGUGGAUAACACUCCAAAUUUAGUCGAUAGAGGAGCGAGUUUUGUAGAUAGAAAAUGUCGGUUUUUUCAAACUAAGGUGGAUAGAUGUUCUGAAGAUGGUGGGGGCAAAAUGUUGAGUAGGAUACACCAACCCCGGUUGGUUCCCCGCGGCAGUCGUCGGUUAGGCCCGUGA